CGUCUCAGAAAACGGACAUGCACGAGCGGUCACGUGACCAGGCUCCCUGCAGUGCUCUGACGUCACAGCAGCUUGCUCCAGCUGCCAAUAAAUAGCUCCCCCAAGGAAGCUCUGUCAGUUGAGCGCUGGAGAUUGCAGUGAGCAGACGUGUAUUUGUGUGCUACCUGAGUAUUCAUUGUAGAACAGUGAAAACGUUAUAUAACCAGUAGUUUAAUUUUUUAGUGAGAAAGCGAAGGAUCUAUUAUUAGCUACAUCACUUUUCUUUUAUUGUAAGAUAUUAUUUUAUAUUAGAAAUGGUGGAUUCUACUAGAAACACCCGGAAGGUUUCCUUUCAGAAAACACCUGCUGAGAUAGAAAUGCUAAGGACGCUGUCCUUGACAAAGUUCCGUGCUUUAGAUUCUUUCAGAACACAAACGAGACUCUUUAAAGAACUAGAUGACAUCCUCAAGGAGCAGAAUUCUGAUGAGAAUGCACUGCAGGCACUGAGGAGAAGAGAGAAGGAGGAGUCAGAGAGGUCCAUAGAGAAAAGAACCAAGGCGAAAAGGAGAAGAGAGGAGGUAACAGAGUGCCCCGCAGAGCAGGCAGAUGAGGUUCAGAGGAAGAGGAGAAGAGCAGAGGAAGAGGAGAAGCCCAUAGAGAAGAGAGCCAAGGCACAGAGGAAGAGGAGAAGAGAGGAGGAAACAGAGUGCCCCGCAGAGCAGGUAGAUGAGGUUCAGAGGAAAAAGAGAAGAGAGGAGGAAUUAGAGAAGCCAGUAGAGAAGAGAGCCAAGGCACAGAGGAAGAGGAGAAGAGAGGAGGAAACAGAGUGCCCCGCAGAGCAGGCAGAUGAGGUUCAGAGUAAGAGGAGAAGAGAGGUGGAAUCAGAGAAGCCAGUAGAGAAGAAAGGCAAGGCACAAAGGAAGAGGAGAAGAGAGGAGGAAUCAGAAAGUCCCAUAGUGACAAAAGCCAAGGCACUGAGGAAGGGGAGAGAGGAGGAAUCUGAGAGGCCUGUAGAGAGGACAGCCAGCGCACCAAAGAAGAGGAGAAGAGAGGUGGAAACGGAGUGCAACACAGAGCAGGCAGAUGAGAUUCAGAGGAAGUGCAAAGAGGAGGCAUCAGAGAAGCCUAUAGAGAGGAGAGUUAAGGCACUGAGAAAAAGGAGAAGAGACAGGGAAACAGAGUGCCCUGCAGAGCAGGCAGAUGAGGUUCCAAGGAAGAAGAGCAGAGCGGGGAAACCAGAGAGGCCCGCAGAGAAGAGAGCCAAAGCAUCGAGAAGGAAAAGAGAGGAGAAAGCAGAGAAGCGAGCCAAAGCUCCAAAGAAGAGGGGGAGAGAGAAGGAAACAGAGAGCCUUGUAGAGAAGAGACGCAAGGCUCCAGGUAAGAGACAGGAGGAAAUCGAGAGCCCUGUAGGGAAGAGAGGCAAGGCUCUGAUGAAGAGAAAGAAGGAAGCAGAAAUUCAUGCAGAGAAGAAACACAAGGCUUCAGGGAAUCGAGAGAAGGGAACAGAGCACCCUGCAGAGAAGUUAGACAAGACUGCGCAGAAGGUGGAUGAGGAGAAAAUUGAGAGACGUAAACAGGAGAUAAUGGAAUGUUUAAUUAAAGCUAACAAGGAAGCAGAGAGAUCUCGGCAGGAGAAGAAAAGAAUGGAAAAAGAAGCACGUGUACCAGGUUGCCUGUAUCCAGAGAGCUUCAUCUUCCAUAAAGUACUUGGAGUGGGAUGCCAUGGGAAGGUGAUGCUGGCGACCCAUUGUGAUAGCGGAAAACUGGUGGCUGUGAAGAUCGUUGAAAAGCGAGGUCUAGUUUGCCAAGACCGGGACUUCAUCAUGAAGGAACGUCAAGUAAUGAAAAUGGUUAUGGGCCACCCAUAUUGUACCCAGCUCUAUGCCACUUUCCAGUCAGAGGAUCAUCUAUACUAUGUGAUGGAAUUUUGUAGAGGAGGAGAUCUGAGAAAACGGAUUGAAUCCAAGAAAUUAUGUGACCUCCCCACCCUGAGACGUCUGGCAGCAGAACUCCUAUGUGGUCUGCAGUUCGUGCACUCUAAAGGCAUACUUCACGGUGACGUGAACCCUGAUAACAUUCUUCUGGAUUGCAACGGUCAUGUGAAAUUAGCUGACUUUGGUAUAGCAGAAGCCAACAUGUUUGGGACCGAGACGAGAACUGAAGAAUCUGGAACAGAAUUAUACAUGGCCCCUGAGAUAUUUAAUAAACAGCCAUUUGACAAAGAUGUGGACUAUUUCGCGUUGGGGGUCACAUUAUUUGAGGCAGCCUUUGGGACUUAUCCAUUCGACAAAAACAAUCCUCGAGGUUCCAUAUCCUGUGAAUCACCAUAUUACCCCGUCGGUGCCGAAUGUGUCUUAGUGGACUUUCUGAACAAGCUCCUAUGCAAAGACCAGAAAAAACGCAAGGCAUAUAUUGCUAAUAUACGGAAGCACCGACUUUUCAGAGGAAUAAAUUGGGAACAGCUGGAGGCAGGGGAGACGCCCGCCCCAUUUUCUGCAUGUCGGAAGAACCUCGUAGAAGAAAUGACGAAGACGACAAUCGAUCUGUAUGGGGGUCUGAACUAUAAUUGUUUUGGUGAGAGGGAACAGGCAUUGUUCCUGGGCUUUUCAUUUAUCAGCGAUGAAUGGAAAGCCAUACAGAAACUGAAGACCAAAAACACCAGAUAAAAGAAGAAUCUAAACUGAAGACGAUACAAGUUUUAGCUUAUGAAAACCGUACACAAAACGUGUCACAAAAAUGUGGGAGGCCAGGCUGGACCUGUAAGGGAAUGGAGACCGAGUCUUUAAGGGAACUAGGCCGAGUCUACAAGAGGGUCAGGAAUACAGAUUGCUGGGUUGUGGAAGGAUUCUGCAGGGAAGCAGGGAUGAUAGGAUAAGUCUGCCAGAGGGAAGAGAGAAGUCUUUUAGGGAAAUGUCUGGGGGGACACUUCCCUUAUCUCUUGCCGGGGAAAGUCU